CCAAAGCAGUUUAUUUCUGCUGUUGAAUUUGAACAUGGGAGUCUAUGGGGAUUGACUCACAGGAACCUCAAGUGGGCAUUUGAAGAACUGCAGCCCAUGUAGCCCCAAAUAUCAGGGCAAUGUACUGAUUAUAUACAAAGUGAAUUUAAAAUAUACCAGUGAUGCAGGUUUAUGUAAUCAUUCUUGUCUUUCAUUGUCAGCAAACACAUGAAGAAGGACCCGUCGGUUCAUUUCCAGCUUCUUUAAUUCUAUUUUUGGACUCUAAUAAAGCAGCUUUGCAUGAUUCACAGUUCAAAAUAACCCUAUCUUAUACUGGGCCUUCAGUUCAUCUUGUCUAAAACAAGCUAUUCUGCAUCCUCCCCCUUUAAGCAAGCUUUCUUCUGAUUGGCUGCCCCUCAUAAACCCAUAUGUGUAAGGUCUGACAUCAAGCAGAGCCAAGAGUAGAAAAAACAGUGACAAAUGAGUGUUCCGCUCACAGGGAUUACUUGUAGAAACACUGAGCUCAUUAUUUGAAAUUUUGGACGUGUUUAAUGUGAAAAUCCAGCUUUGGAACAGGAGAUUCAUGGCAGGAAGUAGAGAGGGAAGCACAGAGCCCAGGUCCACAGAUUUGAAUGCAAACCCCCGACUGUGCACUGUUUAGUUUUAUGUCUUUCUGGUAGAGAAAGUUGUCGGAUUUAGUCACGCUUUGUGUCUGUGGUUUGUCCUGCUGUGCACUACAAGCUGUUUAAACACCUCGAGGAGAAUUUAAGGCUAAAACGAUGAGCUCGAGUUUUCACCCAUUUCAAAUGUAAAGGUUUCAUUUGUGGAUUAAAUAAAUGGCCUCACUUCUCAUUCAGAGGAUUGACUCAUUCAUGACUGAGCCGUCACUAAUAAGAAGGUUUGGUCCCAGCGCGUGUGGCUGUUUGUGGUUUGAACGUAGCCUUGGGCUUCUUAACAUGGUGUUCCUGUGGUUGAUUAGAGCCAGGUGUCUACUCUAGAAAAUGAGGGUAUUGAGGGCAGCCCGCCUCGCCGCAGAGGACCAGCUGCUGCUUGCUGCAAUCUCAAAUGAUCUUGUGGGAAGGCUAGUCGUAAAGCUAAACAUGCCCUUGCUGAAAUUAGACGCUCUGGAGGACAAAUUGUGCUGCUGUUGCUCAUUUGGAAAAUGAAAUCUAGCCCUGCAAUUAUUUUAUGUUGUUGUUGGCCCUAAUUAUAAAUCAUGGAAGCGGCUGAAGAGGCAGUGUUGCUGACUCAUUGCUGAGCGGCACACACACUGCUGUGGUUGUACUCAAAAGCAAUAUUAUUCCCAGCUGUGCAUGAAAUCAGCUCAGUUCUGUAAUGGAAAAACGAGAGUGAGGAGGAAUAUGCUGAAUGCUGCCCGACGGUACAUGUGUUUCCGUAAUGUUUAAAAAGAGAUGAUGAAGGAAAGAAUUAAAUCAAGGCCCAGAUCCUGCACAGAUUCCCUGCUCACGGGGCUCGUUUAUCAGGUUCAGAAGAGUGUGUGUGGUUUUGUUUUACCAUCUUUGAGCUUGUUUGGGGAUCGUUCUUAUGUUUGUGUAUUACAUUCAUAUUCAAGGAUAUGCUCCUGCCUCAUGCACUGUUUUAUGAGCCUUUAAUUAUUCAGGUAAAAGUCUCACUCCAUAAGUGGGCUCAGACCUCCCUUCAACCUGUCAAGCUCCUCUCAAACUGAGGGUAGACCCUGGGUCUACCCCAGCAUCUCCUUCCAUGCAUUUCUUUUUGGUCUUGAGGAGCAGCGUCUGUACUCUGAGCUCCCACCCUCUCUCUAAUAGAUAUCCAAUAGAUAGAUACCAGAUACCCAACUUAGUCUCCAAACUAAGUACAAACACCAAAAAAUUGUGGCUACAGAAAAAUAUUCAACUUAGCGUUGUUUGGAGGAGAAGAAAUAUGUCAUUAGUUGACAGUCGGUGUGUCAGAGGGCUUCUGGUGGUUAUACAACAAGAGGCAGCUGUGGCACAGGAGGUAGAGCAGGUCAUCUACCAAUCAGAAGGUCGGUAUUUCGAUCAAGUAUCCUUGGGAAAGAAACCAAACCCAGAGUUGGUCCUGAUUCGCUCAUUGGAGUGUGAAUGCGUGUGAAUGCUGGAUGGAAAGCACUUGUGUGUAGAGAAAAGUGCUUGCGUGUGUGGGUGAAUGAGACAUGUUGUAUAAUGUGCUCUAAGUGCUCGAGUAGAAAAGAAGCAUUUACAGCUAGUUUAGAAAAAUAUCAUGGUCCAGUCCAAUCCUGGUUUUCUCACCCUGCCAUGCUGUCCCACACUGAUCAUCAGUUAGGUGGCAACAACUUCAAAAUCUGAAAGUAAUUAUUAAUAUUAGAAAUGGCAAUGGUGAACAGCAGGGUGGAGGCACCCACAGUAGCGGUGAUGGGCAGCGGCGGCGGGACAGCGGGCAGGUCGUGUGCAGGAUGCGGGGGUCGUAUCGCGGACCGCUUCCUGCUCUUCUCGAUGGAGCGGUACUGGCACACGCGCUGCCUCAAGUGCUCCUGCUGCCACGCUCAGCUGGGCGAGUACAGCAGUACCUGCUACAGCAAAGGCGGCAUGAUCCUCUGCAAGAACGACUACAUCAGGCUGUUUGGACACAGUGGAGCCUGCAGCGCUUGUGGACAGUCUAUACCUGCCAGCGAGAUGGUGAUGCGAGCACAAGGCAGCGUUUACCACCUGAAGUGUUUCACGUGUGCAACAUGCAGGAACCGCCUGGUUCCCGGCGAUCGCUUCCACUAUGUCAACGGGACAAUCUUCUGUGAGCACGACCGGCCGGGAGGAGGCCUGCUCGGCGGACACUCAACUCCACUGCAGGGCAACAACAUCAUGUCUGACCAGAAGGUCUGCUGAGGAAGAGGAUGGAAAACCAAAUGUGUGCCUUCUCCCCCACCUUUUUCCUCUUCACCUUCUCCCCCUCGCUGUAAAUCCCACCGCUGGUCAACCUCCCUCUGAUCUCGUGGACCCUUGCCGCUGGUUCAGAUUUUAACUUCCCAACAGACUCUGAAGAUGACGAGGAGUAAAAUCUGAAAGAGAUCUGUUGGGAUUUCACUGAUUAGCUGUGGCCUGGCUGAAAGAGGAAAAGUGGAACUGUCCCAUUUGUGUGAUUUUAAUUUUCCCAGCCAGCCAGUUACUGUGGACAUUGAAUGAGGAGAAGACAAUGAAAGCAAUGUGACUCCUGCAGGAGGUGAACUAUAUUUGACCACAUAUUUGAGUAAAACUCGUUUGGGUCUGUUGUGUCGUCAUUUGAGCUACUCGACGUUUCCUUCGACACGCUGAGAGACACCUGGACACCAUAACAUCUGUACUGACUUAAAGACGUGUACUUCUCUGUGAAAUAUUCACAUUUUAGCGAGUUAGUGAAGAGAAAUUGCUCCCUAGUGGCAGUGUGAAUGUCACAGACAAUGGGAUUGAUUUCUCCAUGAAUUUUAAGACUGUCUUUUCCCAGUUAAAUCAGCUCGUUCUCCUCCACAUGUCUCAUAUCAGUGACUCUGUAUGACCUGUUUUAGUCUGUGCAAGCUGCUUUGCAACCCACCUCCACCUGAGCUUCUCUUUUUAAUGCCGUUUCUGACUUCAGUGUCAUAUCUGCUGACAUUGAUACCUGCUCUGUUCUAUAUGUGAAGGGAGAUGUACUGCCAUAUAUAUAUAAAUGACUACAAAUGGAAACCAAGAACAGUCGUCUUUUGACUGUAGUGUCAAAAACAAGGACAGACCCUUUAUUUAACUUACUUUAUUAAAGACUGGCCUUGAUUUUUAAUUCUUCCUGUUCUCAGGAAGAAGCUACUAUCACUGAGUUUCUGUUGUGGAAUAAAACAUCAGCUUAUGCAUAUGUGCAGUUCCUGGCUCCCAAGGUGAGUCAGUCCCUAUACACUCCCAUGUUAUAAUGUCCAACUUUGAAGCAGUUUUCUCCUAAAUAACAGGUGUACGGUGGGGUUCAUUUGUUUAUAGCUGUUUGGAUUUUAUUGAUGCUUAAAAUAACUAGCUUGCUCACUUUUAGCUGACAACGUGGCACAGCACCUUCUCCUCCAAAUAUGGUCACUUCCAGCUCCAGAAAACCAACAUGGCGGAGGCCAAAGAAUGAUAAAGUUAAAGUUACAACAGUGGGUGACAUGGCAGUGGCCAAGUCCAACUUUUCCUUCUACUAAGAAGAAUUAAGAGUGUGAAGGUAAUACUCUUUUAGCAAAACAAUGUUUAUGUUGUUGUUGUUGUACUGAUGGCAUUAGUGCUGUGGAAGCUUUACCAUGUGAACCAUUGUAGGAUAAAGUUAUAGUGCGCUAAAGUUGAUUCCACCUGUCUCCGUGUGCUGAUGGCGAUUAAUAAAACAGCUAAGACUGAUUAUUUGAAUAAAGACUCAUCUGACAGUCUGAGUUAACCACAA